AUGGCUACCCCUGCUGCGGAUUCCGACGGUGACAUUGCUCAGCCCGAGGUCGCGUCCACUCCACCGCCUGCCGCUGCACCUGCCACUGAUUCUCCCGCCGCAGUUGCUGUCCCUCCCACCGAGACUUCGCCGGUUCAUGACUCCGCGACCAGCUCUGGUGGUGAGGCCCCUCUUGAGCCCGACGCCGCAGCGACUCCACCUCCUGCACAGCCCAUCCUUCGUCGCGGUGAUCGUGUCCGCCGCCCCUCUACUCGUCUGGCUGGUAGAACUGUCCUUCUCCUGGUCGAGUUAAGGGCGGUAGACUCUGUUUGUAACUUCGGAGCACAGAGCGCAAUGCAGAAAAUGGCACAUAGUUGGUUCUCAGGUACCGUUAGCGAAGACCAACAGCUGCCACAGCAGCAGAACACAUCGUCGUCUCUCUUGGCUGACUGGAAUUCUUACGCCUCGUCCAGAAACGCCAACGAUGAAGGCAGCGGAAUGAGUCUCGGGUUCGAUCUUGAAUCCGCCGUUCGGUCCGCCAACGAAACAGUUUCGGGAACCUUCAAUGUGUGA